AUGUUAGCGAGCGCCCAAGUACCGAAAAACACCAAAGAGCUACCAGCAGCAGCACCGAGAGCAGUACUGAGAAGCCAUAAGAACACCACAGUCUACUCAAUACUCGGCCCAUAUUCGUACAGACAAACGAAUACCAUGCUAACCAGGGUCCCCAGCUUUUCCAAACUCUGCUUAUACACCUCUAUCCGCCUAUCCUCUCUGUCCACCUCUAUCCACCUAUCUCCUCUCUUCACCUCAACCUUUCCUCUGCUUAUCCUUUUCAUACACACCACCUACGCACUACUCUGCACUUGCGCCAAACUCGCACUCAUUCCUCCAUACUGCCUUUUACGCACACAACUCACUACAUGCAGUACACAGACUCACAUUUACACGCAUCGAAAUUUUUCUCUUUUUCCCUCGCUGAAAAUCGUCAAUUUGUGGAUUGAAAGUGAACUUCCACUGAAAGAAACUCCAGAGGAAGAGUUUUUGGCCCAAUAA